AAUCACUUUUAAAGCCAGUUUUCUGUCUAAUUCAUUGCAUUCAUUAUAUUUAGAAAUUAGAUUCAAGGAAAAAAAAAUUGUUCAAAGAAUAAUUAUUCGCUCAUAAACAAAAAACAAAUUAAAGACAAUUAUUAUCAAAUAUAAAAAUUAAAAAUUAUCUAAAACAAAAAAGAAAAAUCACAAAAGGGAUAAAAAUACUAUUAUAACUGCCCUCUUAAAAAAUAAUACUUCCUAUAAAAGAAUUUCAUUCUUAAGAACUUAUCCAUCUCUAAUCGGUAUUUUCUUGAAAAGAUUCAUCAUCGCCAUCACAGCUUUAAGUUUAUAAAUAUUACUUACUACCAAAAUAAAAUAAAAAUGCUUCCUUCAAACAUUAAGAGUGCUUUUUCACUCUUCUAAAUCCCAAAAUUGCUUUCUCAAUAAGAUUAACUUUUGCUUCUAGCUUAAUAAACUUAAUAAUAAAUUGAAUAGCAAUAACAACAGCCCUAAUAAAUUAAAUAGCAACCAUCUUAACAACAAAUAAAACUCUAACAACAAUAACAAUUCUAAAUUUAAAAAUCUCCCGCAAGCAUUACUGCUCCUAUUAUCCCUCAGCCUCAAUCACAAGCAAUUUAACAUUAAAGUAUUUAGGCCUUAAAUCCAAUCUAAAACGUAGCUGCUUCUUAAUAGCUUGGCAUCGAUUUAGAAUUAUUCAAUUAAAAUUUGUUUUAUCAAGCUGUUUUCGCUGGGAAAGACUUAGAAUCCCAUUUGGAUGCAGUUUUAAAAAAGAAGCAAAAGCUUGAAAAUUUAACUGACUACUUUGCUGGAUUUUAGUUCCCUAACUUCAUAAAAUUAAUUGGAACAAUUACUCUCUCUUCUUUGCAAAGAACUAUGGAAUAAGGAGACUUGACUAUUAUCAAUGAAUUAAUUGAGAAUCCUAUGAAAAUAAUUUUAAAAGAAAGCGUAUGGAAAUUGGUCACUCAAGUUAUCAAUAAAAAAUAAUUCCAAUAUGAAGACAAAAUACAAGAUAAUUACUAUAAAGAAUUAUCUUAAAUGCUUAUUUUCAAGUAGGAAGUCGCUGAAAUGAUUUUCUCCUUCUUCGCUGACAAACAAAAUAUGAUUACUCUUGGAAGCCUAAAUAAUUUCUACUAAAUGCUCUAAUCUUCUAGUAAUAAUUCUGUAGAAGCAUAGGGAAAUAACAAAGCAACUGAAGCUUAAAGACGCGCAUUGGCCCAACAAAAGAGCAAUGAAAUUUAUGGCAAUUUAUGCUUUUAGUAAUUUGGAGGUUAAAUUUACAAGAUAAGCCGUCAAAGUUUCCAUGAUUAAUUUGAUGCCUCUAUUAACUAACUUGUCUCCUACUUUGAAAAGUAAAAUACUAUUGUGUGCUUUAUUAAACGUUCCUCUCGAUCUAAGUUGAACUUCCGUGAAGAUGAACUCCUUUAAAGCUAUCUUAAGUUAAUGGGUGAUUUCAAAUAAACUAAUCUUAAGAAUUUCUUAAAUAACUUAUGUAAUGACAUCUUUGAAUAGAAUGAAUCAAUUGAAAAGCACAAUUUCUUAUCCAAAGUUAACUCUAUUCACUCUAACACUAAUUCAAAAAUUGUUUUUACUCUUCUUGAAAUUAUUCGCAUUGAGUUAGAUCUUGUUCAUUAAGAAGAAUUUAUUUAAUUCUUCCUAAAAAAUGUUAACUUCAACCAAGAACUUUAGACAGGAGCUAAUCAAUCUAAUGGCUAAGCUGCCAAUAAUUCUAAUGAAUCUUCUAAUUACUAUCUUAAGACUAUUGAUAAGCUUUUAAAUAAAUGUGUCUUCAAUGGAGAUGAAAAAUGUGAUUGCAAAAAGUGUUAAUGCAUAAGAAGAAAUAGAAACUCUGCAAAAGAAUCACAAAAGAAAAAAAGAGAAGCCCUUUAAUAAAUCGGCCCUCUCCUUGAAAAGUAGGAGUUACUUGAAAAGAAAAUUUAAGAAUUAGAAUCUGAGAAUACCAUAUUGAAAAAUAUUAUCACAAAAAUAUCAAAUUGUGCAAAUGUUCAAGAAAUUUUCUAACCCAUAAGUAAAAUUAUCUCUUACCAACUCAAAGAAGAAGAUGAACCUAGUAAUCACGAUCUUAGUGAAGUUGAAGGUGCAAAGCCCUCUAAGAAACUAUGCACAGCUAAUUCUAAAGAAGGUUCCUCUUGCUCCUUGGAUAUUUAAAACAAUAGAUCUCAAUCUGCAACAAUUUCAGUUUAAAGCAAGUUAUAAAAUUUAAAUGAACUACAACAAUAAUGA